CAGACACCAUCCAUUUGAUCAACGGGUAAACACAGUCGCCAUGACGUCAUUGACGUCCCUCGUCAUCUUCCCCGCCCUCGUCCUCCUCGGCUACGCCCUGUCUGACGUCAUCGCCUGCGACUUCCCCCGGGCGCUGCAGAUCGACAGCAACGACCCGCCGUGGUACAGCCACAUCCGGGGCAACGGGUCACGUGACGUCGAGUACUACAUCCGUCACAACGUCAUGGAGAUCCACUACCCCAGCUCGGCCAAGCCGCACGUGCGCUGGAAGUGCACGCUCACCUUCCACGACAAGCUGCUCCUGAAGCGUGAGGACCACAUGAUCAACAGCUUCUACCGCUGCGCCAAGUUCGUCAUCCGGAGCACGUCGGUGGUGCAGAUUUUCUGGUCUCACGAGUCUAAGACCUUCGAUUUAGCGUUGUGUGAAGACACCGCUAUGAAGCUCGACCACUGGCCGUUGAUUCGGUUUAAAACUCUAGACUCGGAUUACAAACAGUGUCCGUUUAGCGGUGGGUUCGAUAUGAAGAUGAUCGAUUCUAAAUUCGGCGCCAACGGGUGUAAUUUGAUGGUCAGGCCGAUGAGGAUGGAGUCGGAGUGUCUUGGUGGUGAGGGCGUCGUCUUCGACUACAUCGCCAGCAACUGCUUGCCGGAUAUCCGGAUGUUCGUCCAGCAAAAGACCGUUUGCAUGACGGACUGGCGUGACAGCCGGUACCAUUACGUCAUCCUGCGCCGCAGCGAAGACACCGACCUCUGGUGCCUGGUCAUGCCGGUUCACCGAACCGGCAACAUCACGGCGUACCUGUUCAGCGACUUAACCUGCCGGUCGGAUUUUGACCGGCUGAACGCUCAUCAAGAUUUGAAGUACUUCACGCUGCACCUUCGCAAACGGGAAUUCCCGACCUUGUGUGAAGACGAGUACGACCAGUGCAAAACGGCUACGUGUAAUUCGUACUUCAAGAACGAGUGCCAGAAAUCUUGCCAUGUUUGCGACGCAUCCUCCACUCCGCCAUCUUGUGAAUUCCCAGCAGACUUCCAAGGCAAGUAUUUCCUCAGGGGAAACAAUUCCUACAACCAAGUGGAGUUAACCCGUUCGAGAUUAUCCAUCGACAGAGUCGGAGAUUUCCGGUGCGUCGCUUUUCCCGACAGCCCGAAACCGGACACCAGGAUGUACACGACCGUGUCCUACUACGACAACGGCUGCCGGCCUAGGUACACGUGUCUAAAACUAGCCCGGCUGAGCCAGUCUGUCCUGCGCUACAGCCUUAGCCAGAGCUACGACUGGCCGAUGUUCCAGAAAACUCCAGGGGCGACUAUCUGCGACAGCGACCGCUUCCACCCCGACCCCACCCCGGUCGACGACCUCUACCGCUCGCACGAAGGGUCGGGGAUCCCCAUCGUUUCGCUGGCACCGAAACCGGAACUCGUCGAGUGCAACAUCACUUCCGUCUACGCCGUCAGCGCCACCUUACCCGAGGGCUACUCCUGUAUGGGUAGCCUCUACAGCCACUGUGAAGACAAGAGAAAGCUGCGUCUCGAGUUCGGAUCCUGCGGCAGCAUCAUCGCGCCCGUGACGGAUUACCAAUGCUUGGCCGUUUUUCAAGGUCACUACUGGGAGAGAAUCCUACUCGUCCAGAAUCUUCUCAACGACACCGACACGCUCUGCUUCGUGUUCAGUCAACUGCAUCCGCACGAAGCCUACGCCCUCGUCGCCAAACAAUGCGACCAGAAGAGUUUCAAUUUCGCGCGCAGUAAACUGCGAACCCCGCUUCUCAAGCUACAAUUCCGCAUCGAAUCCGAUCCUUGUAAAUCCGUACCGGUCAAAACGGCGACGUCCAAAUCGGAAGUGACCCCGAGCGCGUCACGCAUCGCUGAUAACGCUAGGAAAGAUGACAGACAGACGUACGGCAAGCAGCCUCAUCCGUCGUCCAUGUCGGCCACGGAGACGCCGUCCGAGAAAACAAUGCCGCACAAGGCGGGGCACGUCAACGACGCCCCGGACGCGCCCAGAGCCAAGUCAACCUCCUUCGGCGGGGGAGACCCCCUACCUUCAACGCAUAACGAAAACGGCGCGGAAAAUUUAACACUAUCUUUUUUCGCCAUGACAGUUUUACUCUGUGCUUUCUUAACAUGAGAUUAAUGUUACGUCUUCGUCUUGUAAAAAACAAAAGUUUAAUCACGUGACUUUAAUAAACACUAGGGGGUAACGAUGUGAUGAGGCAUACACCGCCGUCAAGACAAAUAAUGUGAUUUACAUUAUUUAUUCCGCGGCUGAUAAAACUGUGAUGGUUUUUUUUUAAAUACCAAACAAGAGGAAACAACUCCUUAAUCACUUCCGGUAUAUGUGUUGUAAUUCUAAGCAGUGGCCGUUUUGUUGUACAUUUUUAAAGCUUAUAAAUUCCAUAUAUGUGAAAACAAGACAAAGACGUUCUUUUGAAGAAAGUGUAAAAAUCAAGGGAAUCAACCUAUAAUAAACUAAAUGUUUCCUGGUAACAAAUCGAUUUAAGAAAACUAACUCUGCUAGCAACAAACAUU